AUGGAUGGGGUGUACUACACCGAUAGUGGCAACGAAUUGCUUGCAUGUCUGGGAGGACCGAGCACGCCGAGUUUAUACAACCAACUUUUCAGCAAACACGGCUCGCACGAAAGGACUGUGAAGGAACUCGUUGAGAUGUUGGGAAGCCCGUGGCAAAUUCCACAAUGUUGGGACGAUCCUUUCAAAGUUUACAUGUCACAGUAUCAUCGUGAAAUCAACGGCAUACUUCGAAAAUGUCCGUUGCCCAAUUACUCUCCCAAAUCAAACUAUUUCUUUCCGUUCUUGAACCGCCAAUGCGCCAGUUUUCUCCCGUGCGUGUACAAACUAGACAAGCUGAUCUACAAAACAUACGCGAGUGAAGGACACGUUCUCGACGAACAGUACAUGUAUAGAGGAACACCGCACAAUGUACUGGACAAGCAAAACGUUCUGCGUGACAGCAGCGCUCUCGAUCUGUUAGAGGGUCCCGUGCCCGGUAUACAUCUCGAUGAACCGGCCUUUUUGUCCUGUACGCCCGAUAUUGCACACGCGGCCCGUUUUGUUCACGGGUCGCCCUGCUGCAUACUGCGGUUCCAAAUACCGUCAAAUGUGCGCUACCACUACGAUAAGCAUACAAAGAAUACCAGGGGAGACGAGUGUAUUAUUCAACGGAACACUACUCUCAAAAAUUUCAAGUUCAACCCGAAGAAAUGGUAUGCCAGAGACGGUGGUAGCACGCGUAUUGCGAUCGUGGACUGUGAGUUGUACUCGAACGCAGAAGCACCGCCCAAAUUUUUUAGGUACUUGUGA